UGCUCUCAGAAGACUUGAAGCAAAAGAAACAGAUAACAGACAGAAAAACAUCUCAGGACCCAAAGAGCUGCAGUGGCUCCAGAGCAUCUUUAAGAGACGAGUCACUGAGGUACAUCCAGGAUGAGGGCUCUGGUGAUUCUGCCUCUGCUCUUGUGUGCGGUGGCGUGCUUGGACCAGGUGAGAGCGGAGGUGAGGGCGGUGAAGCUGUGUGGUCGAGAGUUCCUGAGAGCCGUGGUCUACACCUGUGGAGGCUCCCGCUGGAGGAGAUUCCUCACCGAGUCAGACAUGGACGCUUUGCCAGCAGGGGAACAGAGCAGCCUGGAGAAGCUCAGCAGCAGCAGCAGCAGCAGCAGCAGCAGUAACUCGGCCUCUGAGGUGACCAGGCGAGACAUGAAUAACAUGGUGACCACCGUGUGCUGCCAGGUGGGCUGCAGGAAGAGUGACCUGACCUUCCUCUGCUGAGGGCGACUCCCUCUCCUCUUCUUCACUUAUUCUCCAACUGACCAAAGUGACUGUUUUCAUCUCGCCUGCAAAAUCUGAAAAUCGAUUUAAAACAAUCUGAUCUCUGUCUUGUGUGAACACUGACGCUCACAACCACAACUGCUACUUUUCAAAUUGCUUUGGAUAUUUUUUAAGGGUUUUCAUUCAUUAGUUUGACCUGUAUAGACUUUAGAUGUGUAGAUCUGAGAACAUGUUUCUGAAAACAUAUGCGACCCAAACAGAGUAAAAUGAAGAAAAACAAACUUAGUUGAAGUAAAAGCACUCAGGGCUGAUACUAAUGAUUCUUAACUGCAGGAGUUUAUCACCUCCCACUCAGAUUCUUGAUUUAAAUCCAGGCUCGUGUGCUGUAUGUAGUGAGAAACCAGCAGGUUUGUAAAAAUGUCCUUACUGCUUUAAUGUAUUUAGAGCCAACUCGAGCUUUGUUCUAUCAUUUUGCUAUUUUUAUCAAAUAAAUGUUCUGGCACAGAGAUAA